GUCGGCGGCAUCAAGAAUCCACUGAAGGAUCGUCGCGGUGGAUGGCGACUUGUGGAGUUUCUGGCCAUGGCGGCAACCUGCAGGGAGUUGGUCCACCAGGAGGAGCUGGAAGUUGAACAGGCGUUAGCGGACCAGCACAACUGCGAGUUGGCAACGGUCAGGGAGUUGCACCAGGUGUACAACGACAUGAAGGAGCAAGAGACGAUGGUCGUCAAGGACUUCAUUGUCAUCUUGGACAAGCUUGAAGUUCCUCGCCCGAGCGACAAGGAGCUGGCAACUCUGCUGGACGUCCCACUCCCCGCAGGGACCUGUCUGAACCCAUCACGCAAGAUCAAUUUCGCAACAUUCCUCCCCGCCAUGCUCAAGGUGCAGGGCGCCCUGGACGAGCAGCAGGGGAAUGGCGACUUUGACGAUGUGGACAAUGCGGACGUG